UCACAGGCCUGGAGCAGGCUGCUGGGCAGAUGCUCGUCUGCUCUCCUCGGUUCUCCUGAUCUCAGCGCCCUCGUGCUGGCUGCAGUCCACUUCGAACCAGAUUAACCCUUUAACCCCUGGAACGGGUUCACACGGCUACCCCAAACCCCAGCGCUCUCCACCGCGGCAGCCGACACACGCUGAGAUUUCCAUCGCCUCACCGGUGAAGCAGCCGAGUGGAAGCCGGAAUCAGCAGGCUCUAAACUCAGAGGCAGAACUCCAGGACCAGGGAAGGAGGAAUAAGGUGUGAGAGAGAGAGAGAGAAAGAGAGAGAGACAGAAACAGAGACCUAAACUUACGAGAAAAGUUCAGAGGAAUUCGAGGUCGAGGAAUCAGAAGGGCUCAGACCAUCACAGACGGACACAACGGUCGAAAGUGAACGAACACAGAGAAGAGAAAGAGAGUGGGAGACAGAGAGAGAGAGAGAGAGAGAGAAAGGAGGUUCAGACGAGAGCUGACUGGACUUGUGCUAUGGGGUCUGCCGUGCUCCUUGUUGUCCUCCUCUCUGCUCUUCACGUCCUGUGGACCCCCGGGGUGCGGAGCCAGGGCCUGCCGGAGAGCAACGGCGUCUGCGGCGAGGACGGCUGCUUCGCGGUCUACUUCCAGCGCAAGACCUUCCUGGAGGCCUGGCGGAGCUGCAAGGAGAAAGGGGGCAACCUGGCCACCAUGAAGCGGGCGGCAGAGGCCGCGCAGGUGGAGGAGCUGCUGGCGGGCGCCGAGCGGCGGGUGUCCCGGGCGAAGGUGCGGGUGUGGAUCGGGCUCCAGAGGCAGCCGCGGCAGUGCUCGGCCGCCAGUCCCCUGCGGGGGUUCUCCUGGACCACGGGCGACAAGGACACGCAGUACACCAACUGGCUGCGGGAGGACUCCCCCAGCACCUGCUCGGCGCCCCGCUGCGUGGUCACGACCCACAGCACCGCCGGCCACGAGCGGCAGGACAACUACAAGUGGCUGGACGGCUCCUGCUCGCUGCCCGUGGACGGCUUCCUGUGCCGCUUCGUCUACGAGAAGGGCAUGUGCCAGGCGCUCCCGAGGGAGGGCGGGGCCGGGCCCGUGUUCUACAGCACCCCCUUCAACCUGCUCAGCACCCGGCUGACCCACAUCCCCUUCGGCUCCGUGGCCACCGUGCCCUGCCUGGACGGCGACAAGGGCGACCAGUCGGUCCUGUGCCUGUCGAGAGAGGACGGGAGCGCGGGGUGGCACCAGGACGGCCCCUACUGCACCGACCCGCCGCCAAAGCGCUGGUGCCAGGACAGCAACGGCGGGUGUCAGCACCUCUGCUUCGAAGACGACGACCACUACUACUGCGAGUGCCACGCGGAGUUUCGGCUGGCGGAGGACGGGCACGCCUGCGUCCCGUUAGACCCCUGCCAAAAUGCCCGCUGCGAGCAUGAGUGCCUCCCCUCCUCGGAGGGGUACCGCUGCACGUGCCCGCACGGGUACCGGUUGGCACCCGACGGGCUCAGGUGCCAGGACAGGGACGAGUGCCUGGACGACCCCUGCGAGCAGGCCUGCGAAAACAGCCCCGGGUCCUACGUGUGCCACUGCCACCUGGGCUUCUUCCCCUUGCCCGAGGACCCCGCCCGCUGCCAGGACGUCGACGAGUGCCAGAUCCCGGGCUCCUGCGAACACAUGUGCGUCAACUACGUCGGCGGCUUCCAGUGUCACUGUCGGGAGGGCUACGAGCUGCAGCUGGACUACUCCUCCUGCAGGCCCGUUCCCAACGCCGACGAGUCCCCAACCGCCACCCCCUCCUUCCCAUGGCUUAGCAGCCUUCCGGAAAAUUCCCGGUCUCCACAGACUCCCGACUUCCCUGACCAGCCGCCUCAGCUGCCUGAGGGGGACUGGCCAACGGAGGCCAUACCUCAGGACUGGCUGACUGAUCAGCCCCGUCUGGAGGGGCAACCCACCGACCUCACGCGGCCCACAGACGUGCCUGUGGAAGAGCACAGGGGGCAGGUCAAAGAGGAUGAGCAGGAGCAGCACAGCUGGCUAGCUAAGCAGGAGGAACAGGAUAGACAGGACGAGCAGUAUGGACAGGAGGAGCAGGAUAGGCAGGAUGAACAUCACAGACAGGAGGAACAGGACAGACAAGAGGAACAGUACAGACAGGAGGAACAGGACAGACAGGAGGAACAGGAUAGACAGGAUGAACAUCACAGACAGGAGGAACAGGAUAGACAGGAGGAACAGGAC